AUGGAAAAGAACUUCACCAGCGAGCAAUGGAAGCAUGCUACAGAUCUGGUCCAGCAACGGAAGAGGUCAGGAAAGGAAACGGACCUCCUCGUCAACGGAAAAGUCGUCUCGACAAAGAAAUUGAACAAGGAAUUUAGCAGAUACGGCUACCUCCAAAACCGAGUUGGAAUUCCAAUCGUCGCUCGAACUCCACCCUCUACCCAAAGUGUCGCCGUCUUCUUGAACACCGCACCUUGGCUACAUUUCCAGAGGUUAGCUGAAGAAUUAUUACUUCCUCUACGAGACAAUUUGAUGAGUCGCCUGGGCCAAGCCCUUGCGUCUGGAGGGCAAAACCAUCAAAUCCACUCUCUUCGCAACAUCUUAGACAACCACAAAGGGAAGCCAACGGUACCAUUGAGGCUCGAAGAAAAUCUGAGCGAAUGGAGAGGAAAUGAAAAUCCCAAGCAGCUCAUUCAAUCGGAGCCCCUUCUCCACCUGCUGCGUUGCAUCAUCUACAUGUCUUCAAAUGCUCUCACUUCUGAUGAGGCAACGACAAAUCUACUUCGCUGGGCUGAUCAGCAUGGGAUCACCUGGGCUAUCACAGGUCUUAAUCAAGGCGAGGGUCUGACCAUGGAGUUGUUUUCUUCAAAUCUUCUUUACGCUUCUAUUAAACCCAAUAACAUUAACCUUGCCCGCGCACUUCUUGCUAGAGGCGCAGACCCCAACAGACUCUCCGCAGACCGCGACCUGGCCUCGAAGAAUGACCAAGUAACGCCACUCUUUUCUGCUGUGCAAAAGCAACAAACAGAACUUGUUAAGCUGUUGCUGGAUUAUGGGGCCAACCCUCACAUGAUAGUGCCUGCUGGCGAUGGUAUUUCAACAGCUCUUCAGUUUGCUCUGGAACGCGAGGGCGGAGAGCCUCAGAUUGCGGAAAUGUUGAUCAAAGCUGCCACAGAAGCGACACAUGCCUGGUAG